AUGAAAGAUGUUCUUAUCGGAGUUCUCUAUCAUCCAGUAAUAGCUCAACUGGACGUAGAGAGCGUUUAUCUCCCGGAUUUAGAGGAGGAGAUGCAGAAGGUGUUGGGCACCACCGACCCCAACCACCCAUACGUGAAGUAUCUGCGUGACAACCACUCCGAGUGUUAUUAUGUUGGGGGGAAGAUAACUCCUGUUAACCCCAUUGUGCAUUUCAACUUUGAACACUACCGUAUGUCUCCCGCCCUCUGCAAGCAGCGAAUAAGAGACAGAAACUAUGACGUUGUCGUUGGGUUUCAAACACGAAACCCCUUACAUAGAAGCCACUACGAGCUCAUCAAGCAUGCACUCAAAACUGCAGCAGCAACAGAGAAGAAAAGGCCAAUGCUCCUUCUUAGUCCUGUCGUGGGCCCAACACAACCAGGAGAUGUUCCCUAUUACCUACGCACACGCUGCUAUGAACACGUAAUCCGUCAUUUUGAGCAAGACGGAGAAUGCAAGUUCUCUCACCUCUGCCCCACCACAACCAGCACCCCCAACCGCAGCCCCCCCCGCACUCAGCAGCAGCAGCAGACGCACAGCACAGAAUCAACCAGACAAGACGGAGAAUGCAAGUUCUCUCACCUCUGCCCCACCACAACAAGCACCCCCAACCGCAGCCCCCCCCGCACUCAGCAGCAGCAGCAGACGCACAGCACAGAAUCAACCAGGAUGGAAGAAGACUGCUCAAGCAACGCGAUGCUCGUCCUCAUUCCUCUCGCUAUGAGAAUGGCCGGCCCCCGAGAAUGCGUUCUCCAUGCACGCAUCCGAAAGAACUACGGAUGCACACACUUCAUCGUAGGCAGAGACCACGCGGGCCCCUCGACCCGCAAGCAAGACGGUACUCCUUUCUACGGCCCCUAUGACGCCCACAAGCUUUUGGGUUCUGUUGCGGAUAAGCUGGGAAUUACGCCGAUAUUUGGAGAGGAGAUGUUGUACGUAGGCGAAGAAUUUGGUGGAUAUAUCCCAGCAGGACGGCUUGAAGAUGUGAAAAAGCAAAACCCAAAUGUUGAAGUCAACUCCAUCUCAGGCACAGAAUUCAGAAAACGACUCACAACAAGAAUGCCAAUACCCGAGUGGUUUUCAUUCCCAAGUGUCAUUGUUGAACUGCAGCAGUUCUAUAAACAAAACCAUGAACGCGGACUCUGCGUAUACUUUACUGGGCUGCCCUGCUCAGGGAAGAGCACUCUCGCGAAUGCUUUGGAGGCUGCUAUCCUUGAGAACCGCAACGAGAGACGCAAAAUAACUCUCCUUGAUGCUGAUGUCGUCCGCCAGCACCUCUCCAAAGGCCUCGGCACAAAUGUGCGUCGCAUUGGGUACAUCGCCAGCGAAAUAACAAAACACGGGGGUAUCUGCAUUGUGGCAAAUAUCGCGCCGUACACUUGUGACAGAGAAUUCAACCGUAAACUCAUUGAACAAGAAGGAGGUGUGUACGUUGAGGUGUACGUGUGCACUCCUUUAUCGGUGUGCGAGGAGCGCGACAUUAAGCAUUUGUACAAGAAAGCCCGACAAGGCAUCAUUAAGCAAUUCACUGGCGUCUCGGAUCCCUAUGAGGCCCCUCAGCACCCCGAGUUGACAAUUGAUUCGAGUUCAGAUAUUAAAGACAAAGUUUGCCAGGUUCAUCAAUACCUUAAAGAUCAAGGAUAUGUACUAGAAGCCCCUCCUCUCAACAAAUGCUGUUAA